UCAAUGGCCUCAAUGGGGUGGGGAUGUUAAAUUAAAUCAGUUUUGAAAAACUAUUGAAUAAAAAUGUAUUAUUAGAAAAGUUAAGUUAGAUUGAGAAAUACCGGAGGAUUUUUCCUACAUUGAUUAUCACAAUCAAUAAUGAAAAUGUUUAGCUGCCUACUUUUUCUCGCUAUAAUUCCAAUAAUUACGUGUGAGGGUGGUGAAAACAUCACAUAUUCGCAAGAAGAGUUCAAGUGUUCGUUGCCUGAUGUCACCAGUCUGGACGAUAACCUGGAUGUCACUCGAUUCAGGUCGGACUUCUCAAAAAUAUCUGAAGUGAAGUUUCCAGGUCUAAUAGGUCCACUAAAUGAGAGGUUGAUAUGCAAAAUUAAAUGCAUCGAUGGAAACUGGGUCGGGCCACUCUGCUCGUCUACUCCAGACGGCCGGUUCCAGCCCAUACUGCGCGAGUGUUUGUACCGCAAUGAGCACCCUUUGCUAGCAGUAUCCUUCAAAAAUUCCUCUAUUGAUAAGGACACGCGGUUCCCGCACGGGUCGGUGCUGACGGCGCGCUGCCGGCACUUCGGGCUGUACAAGCUGCGCGGCGACGGCGCGCUGCGCUGCGACAACGGCGAGUGGGCGCCGCGCGCGCCAGACUGCGUGCCCACCACGCUCGUCACCAACUUCACCGGCGACGCGCCGCCGUCGAUCCAGUACUCGGUGGCGGGCGGGUCGGCGGUGGUGCAGCCGUCCGGCGCGCUGUACGUGUUCCCGGACAGCAGCGUCCGGCUCGACUGCGUGACCCCGCGCGCGCUCGGCGACCCGGACUGGAGCUGGACGCAGGCGCUCGGACACCACACCGCCGGCUGGUCGACGGACGAGGGCGAGACAGAGACGCACUAUCGGCUGACGCUGACCAAGAUGUCCGCGCGACACAGCGACCAGUACACGUGCACGGCGCCAGGACAGCACACCAACACCGUGCUCAUUAAAGUUGUUAGUGUGACGUGUCCGCCCAUAGAGAGCACUUCGGCGAACAUUCGCCAGUUUGCGCAAGGCAACCGCCUGGGACACACGGUGCACUUCAGCUGUCAGCCGGGGUAUCACCUGGAUGGGGACCCCGUGCUCAUCUGUAUGGGAGACGGGCGCUGGUCGGCGCCGCCGCCCACGUGCGCGGAGACGUCGUGCCCGCCGCUGCGCGCGCCCGGCCCUCAGCUGCGCGCGCUCGAGUACAGCGCCGCGGCCGGCGGGCGCGCCGUGUUCGCGUGCGCCUGGGGCUACCGGCUCGUGGGCGCGCCCGGGCUCGAGUGCGAGCCCGACGGCACCUGGUCCGGCGACACGCCGCACUGCACCCCCAUAUACUGCCCGGACCCUCUGGUACCGGAGAACGGACGCAUCCUCACAGAACCGUCUUCCAACGGCAAGUACACCGUGGGCGACCUAAUGAUAUACGCCUGUGACGAGGCGCUGCAGCUUCUUGGAGAGUCCUCAGUCGUGUGCACAGAGAACGGCUUCUGGUCCCACCCGCCCCCCUUCUGCCUGCCCCCCUCCGAGGUCCGGAAGACAGACACCAUCUACAUCGAGAACACCACGCUGAUACAUGUCGAGGAGUGAAGGUAACGUUCCUUUAAAACAUAAUGGAGAAGUUUCCAAUUUUUUUCUAUUAUAAAACUUGAAAAAAUAAGUAAAACCAAUAAUAAUUUUGAAAGAAUCAUGAAAAUAUAUCUACAAAUAAAGAAGUUACAGAGCCCCAAAGUUGCGGAUAACAAAUAUUUAGAUGUUUCGUAUCGGGACACUUGCGCGAAAGACAGCGCGAAAAGCCAUUUGCGCGCAUGGACACUUGCGCGAAAAGACACUAG